GCCCAUUCACUUAUAGAACGCGAACCUAAACGCUUACCGGAAUCCUUUAGAAGUACUUCAAGUAAAAUAAUAUUCAAAAUGUUUUCAAAAAGUGUGAUUAUUACUGCUGUUAUCAUAAGCAUUUUGGGUGUAGCUUCAAUUAGUGCAUUACAAUGCUAUACGUGUUACGAUCCAAGUUCCUGUUAUAACCCCAGCUUGCAAACAUGCACACAAACAUUAGCAAACGGCACAUCAGCUUAUCUAAAUGCACAUUUUCUUAAUGUAAAUACGAGUCUCAUCAGCUCAAAAUAUAACUGCUUGAGUUCCUAUAUACGUUACUAUGGUCCAAAUACAACUUAUGAGUAUAAAAGUUGUGUCUAUACGGUAACCGACGCUUGUAGUUUAUCAUUAAGAAAUCCAGGAAAUGCCUUCCAGACCUGUGGUGUCUGUAAUAAGGACGGUUGUAAUAGUGCCGGCCAUGCCAGCGUUAAUAUGAUAACGAUGCUUUCCACACUUCUUCUAAUUGGAGUCGCAAAAUUUGUGCUGAGCCAUUAAGAUUCCAAAUGUGUUUAAAUUUAAUUUAAUAAGUUAAAAUAGUUGCACCGAAAAUCAAAUAUUA